AUGAGGUGUACAUAUCACUUUUACUUCUUGGCUGACAAGUUCUCUCCCCGUGAGACUCAAAACUCAAUGUCUAUCGACACAUCGUCGCCCUCUGCAGCAAAGACACAACAAAUUCAGAACCAUCGCCUUCUAAUGAAGAAUUAUUCGAAGAAAAUGAAUCGUAGCUUGAAACUACUUCUUCCGAGCGAUCAUCUUUGCCCCGCGAUGGUCAACAACAGACGCAGCCCGAAACUUCAAGAUCAAAUAAAAGAAAAAUGA